GAACAGUUCUGACUUGUAACAAUAGAAAUACUCACACAAUAAUAAUAGUGAAUAGUUAUGACCCUGAUGGACCUUUGAUGACGCCACGGUCAUAUUGGGAAGGCGGUGGUGGUGAUGCACGUGACAUUCCCUCGAGCCGGUCACGUUUACCUGGAGAAAAAAGCCAAGUUCCGGCUUUUGUCUAUCUUGUUGCUUUUCGAUCGUCGGCCCUUUCUUUCUUCUCCCAUCCAGUCUCAUUUAACAGAGACGGUUAAUACUUUAAACACUGUACACUAGGGUGCGGGUGAUAGGCCCUGUUUUUUCAACCUUUUAUUUUAUUUGGCCGCGCGCGCCAUCUCGCGAUCUCGACUCCUAAGGCCACCGUUCUUCGCCGGUCCAUUCCCUCGACCUAUCCCUUUACUCUUUUAUAGAUACCGUCAUGGAUCACUCGAGAGAUCCUUGCCCCUGGGUUGCCCUGAGUGACUUUGGUGGUGCUUUCUGUAUGGGUGCUAUUGGAGGCGCUGUCUGGCACGGUGUUAAAGGAUUCCGAAACAGCCCGUACGGUGAACGACGGAUAGGUGCGAUCACCGCGAUUAAGGCUCGUGCCCCGGUGCUGGGCGGAAACUUUGGUGUCUGGGGUGGUAUGUUCUCGACGUUCGACUGCGCGAUCAAGGGAAUCAGAAAGAAGGAGGACCCGUACAAUGCCAUCAUUGCCGGUUUCUUCACAGGUGGUGCGCUGGCCAUUCGAGGUGGUAUGAAAGCUGCCAGAAACUCCGCUAUCAUGUGCGCCAUCUUCUUGGGUGUCAUUGAAGGUGUUGGUAUUGGAUUCCAGAGAAUGAUGGCUGAGAACACGAGGUUGGAUCUACCCCCACCUCCUCCCGCUGGCGAGAAGGCCGUCGCAUAAACAUACACGAGUCACCCUACAAUAUCUUUCGACAAGAGUUUAACCGCUCUCUUCAUAAAACCAUCUCUCCUCCUCUGGUGUUGGGUCCGGGUUCUCAUUUUCUGCGGCAUGACAUAGAGGUUCCAUUUAUAUUUCGCUACCUUUCCGUUCCUGCUCGAAAAUAUCUCAGCAAUCUAUUUCGCGCCUGGGUUAUUAGUUCCAUCCCCUUGGCGUUCUGCAUUUCUACGUCGGGGAUUGCGGGUUCACAAAAAGGCCAUUCCGGCCGUGUUUCUAGGACAGUCUGUCCAAGCCAUUGUGUUCGACCCUGUACAUUAACGUCCGAAUGAAUGUGAUAUUUAAUACACAGCCUGCUUUACUGCGCGAUUCGUUUUUUUAGAUCUCCCAGGUAUUUCCCCGAUUAGUCCGAGGG